GAGAAAAUUGAACCUUUUUCUUGCAAUUCUGCUUGCCAUCCUAGUUCAAAGUUUGAGGGCAUAUUUGGGGUGCCUCUAAAUGAAUGAGAACAGGAUCGAUUGUCUUGGACGGCUUCAACAAAGCCAUGAACUAAAAGGUGAUUUCAAUUCUGAGUUUGGCAACCGUUCUUGUCAAUAUUUUGAUACUAGACAGGUUUCAAAUAUGGGAAAUUGUAAUCAGCCACUAGCCAUGGCCUGUGGUGGAAUGGAACAAUCGCCAUAUAUUGGCUCAACCAAAUCAUCUAGCACAAUUAUCAGCCGUUUUGAGUCACCGGCUUCUGCCUUUUAUGCAACAGAAAUCUGCAUGGGUUUCCCACAAUAUGAUUGCCAAGUUGGUAAUCCUUCUUUGACAUCUCAAUUCUCUAAGAUUAAUGAUUUGGAAUUCCCUUUGUAUCAAUCUCCCAGGGAAAACCUUUUCUUGGAUUCAGCAAACCAACCUAGCCCCAACUUUGAGUUGUCAAAUCCCUUGCAAGCAAUGCUGAAAUCUCAAUUGAAUAGUGAUCAAUGUUGUAGGUCUCCUGAAAAAUCUAAUAAAACCCCAUCUGGGAAUUUUUCUGGGGGCAGUUUUCUUCCAUUUGAACAACAUAAAUUGUUCAUUGAUGAUGCUACCACAGUUAGUAGGAACCCAUCAAUUCCUUGUAAAGGAAAUCAGGAUCACUCAGUUCCUUGUGGCCCAUACAAUUUACCUGUUGCACAAAUGAGCUUCUCUUCUCAGAAAGAAAAGCUGUCUCCAACACUCUCAGCAGGAAGUGUGUCAACCACUCCUAGAAACCCUGCUUCUAAUGGGCCAGUAGUCUCAAGUAAAACACGCAUAAGAUGGACUCAGGAUCUUCAUGAGAAGUUUAUUGAGUGCGUGAAUCGCCUUGGAGGUGCUGAGAAGGCAACACCAAAAGCUAUAUUAAGGCUGAUGGAAUCAGAUGGAUUGACCAUCUUCCAUGUUAAAAGUCAUUUGCAGAAAUAUAGAAUUGCAAAAUACAUGCCAGAGUCAACUCAGGGGAAAUCUGACAAAAGAACCCAUGUAGAGAAUGUGCAUCUUGAUGUCAAAACUGGCUUGCAAAUUAGAGAGGCACUUCAGCUGCAGCUAGAUGUUCAGAGGCGUCUUCAUGAACAGCUGGAGAUUCAGAGAAAAUUACAGUUGCGGAUUGAGGAACAAGGUAAGCAGCUAAAGAAGAUGUUUGAUCAACAACAGAAGACAAGUAAUAGCAUCUUGAAUACUCAGAAUUUGGACAAUACAGCCAAUAAUGAUAAACAACAAAGUCCUGAAGAUGUUGAGGUUUCAAUUUCUGAUGGGUCAGGAAUUUCCUUCUUCCCUUCUAAGAUAAGUUAGCUCUCCAAGCCCAUAAUGUAAUAGCUUUAUACGUAAGUAAUUAAUUGCAGUUAUACACCUACCGAAAAAAAAAUUUGCAGUAUUACACUCUCUCAUCAAAUCUU